AUGACGGUUAAUGAGGCAUGGGAGAUCCAAAAGAUCCUGGCAUCACUGGAGUUCCCCUCAACCUUUGUCAAGUCAUUGAAGUUUUCUCUGUUCAGAGCCUACGGUAUUCCCACAAUCUCCGGACUACUUUCCAGAACAGGCCAGUCCGCCAAUCCAGAAACCUAUCUGAAGCGCUAUGUCGAUACUACCUGCUUGCUUCAGGAAUUCAUGAUCUUCGGGCCUACCACGGGGCGCGCUUGUUCCGCGAUCGCUCGCAUGAACUGGGUCCACGAGGGAUACCGUGCCUCAGGCAAGAUCCUCGAAGAUGACAUGUUAUUUACACUCGGUCUUUUUGCCACUCAACCUAUCAUAUUCAUUGAUAGGUAUGAAUGGCGUGGUCUAACUGACAUGGAAAAAUGUGCAAUUGCUGUCUUUUGGAAAAGCAUUGGUGACGGCCUGAAGAUCAGCUAUGACGUCCUGCCGUCAGGUAAAACCGGGUUCCGUGAUGGUCUGCAUUGGUUUGAGGAACUUAUGGCAUGGAGUGAAGAUUAUGAGGUAAAAAACAUGGUUCCACAUAUCACAAACCACAAGACGGCUUUACAGACGACUGGAGUUCGUCUCUACAUGCUGCCUAAGCCAGUCCAGCAUAUUGGCCUGAAAUUUAUUGCUUUCCUCAUGGAUGAACGUUUACGGCAGGCUAUGAUGUACGAUGCUUGCCCUGCCAUGUACGCGAUGGUGUUUUCUUUGUUCAUCAACGUGCGGAAAUUUUUUCUGCGGUACCUUGUGCUCCCACGCCCUUACUUCCUGCGUUACAAUACCUGCAGUGAGGAGCAAACCGAGAAGGAUCGUAUCUAUGUUACUGAUUGGGAUGCGGCGCCUUAUUAUGUGAAGCCCACUCUAUGGAAUCGUUGGGGUCCCGCCGCUCUUUACACUCGGGCCUUGGGCAGAGCUGUUCCGGGAACUGAUGGUACCAAGUACUACCCACAAGGAUACUUUAUUCCUGAUGUUGGGCCGAAGUAUUUCGAAGGCAAGGGUCGACCUCAAAUGGGAAAGAUGGUGGAAGAGCUGAAAAUCGCGCGAUCUAGUGGUUGUCCAUUUGCUUAG